AUGAAAAAAAGUCCAAAUGGACUUGUUGCAAGACUUCCUAGUUUAUUACACAGAGGAGCUCCAGCAGGCGAAGAGGUUGGCGGGAAUGCCCGAGAAGCGCCAGCCGUUCACGGUUUCCCAUUGCAAACUGCUAACGCCGCUUGGUUCGCCCCGAGCGUUGCAUCCCGGUUUUGGCUUGGGGGAAAGAAGCAGGUUCCAUUUUUCCAUGCAGAGUCUCUGUGCCGCUUUGGUACAUUAUCUCUGGAAGAACAUUCAGAAUAUGGAAGAUUAAUUUAUUCUGGAACUUUAUCAAAAAUGAUAUUAGGAGUGAAAACAUUCUGUUUUACCACCAGCAUAAUUACUGCUUCCAUGUGUUUUGCUAUUAUACACAAGUAUGGCUUAAAUUUUGACAAAAUCUACUCGGAAAGCUUUUAUAGUACCACACUAUUCUUUAUUUUCCUAACACCACUGAUCUUACAUUUAUUUACUAGAAGAUAUAUUAUCCGUCUGUACUAUAAAGAUAAAACAGACACAUACACAGCAAUUACAUACAGUGAUUUGAGAGAAAAGAAAAUUUUGUUCCAUCAAAAAGAUGUGACUGUUCCAGACAUGAGCAAGCUGUUCACAACAUUUUAUGUUAGAAGAGCAAUGUUUGUUAAUCCAUUCCUGUUUAAUUAUGCUCAAGACUACAGCCAUCUUAUGGGAUAUGACAAACCCUUUCAGUUUGAUUUGAAGGACUCAAAAAAAAUAGAAUUUCUAAAAUGUCAAAGUCUAUUACCUGAUUUCUCUUUGAUGUUCAGAAGUCUUUCCAGAUUUUAGAUGACCUAAUAUUGCUUUUUUCAUCAUUACUUUAGUUUUUUUAUUUUAAGUAUUGAUAAACGUGAUUAAAAGAGCUUUUACUGGGAUGGGAAUUUAGUCUGCUGAGAAAAACAUUGUCUUUUUAAGAUGUUGCAUCUUGACCCCUCUUUCAGAGCUCACAUUCUGACAGAGAGGGAUCAAAGAAGUCAUCUAUGUUAAAACUGAACAGCCCACUCUCAACAGAGGGGGGACGGAUACAACAUCUCUAUCUCCUGUUUACAACAUAGCCCUUUCAGCAGUUCCAAGAAGAUUCCACAUCCAUUUCCAUUUUGAUACACACAAUCCUGAUAGACCUCCUACAACAAUUCCCAGAGAGAGUGCUAAUGACCAGAUGACUGCAAGAAAUAUAAAUCCUCCUGUUCCCCCACCCCAACCCCUUGGUGCUGCUGCCCCAUUCAGUCAGAACUGAAGAAGCAUCUUGGAUGAGAAGCAAAACAUCCAGGGAGGGCCCUGGAGAAACGAAGUCCAUUAUUACCUGUUGAAAAAGCACUUGUGACAAUAGCAUCUAUUUCACAGAUGGAUCCAUACAAUCUUCAAAGAAUCCUCGCCCACUUCUAAGAACGAGCUCAGUUUUAAGGAGUACAUGUUUUUUAUUUCUUUAUUUUUAAGUGUCUGCCCAUUGAGAUCAUUUUAAGUUUUCCCAAAACGGUAUUGAGGAAGUUUCAAUUCACAAUUAUGAAUAACUAAAGAAUGGAUGAACUUCACUACAGUGAAGGAAGCGUUUUUACCACUAGAGGGACCUGAACCACAUUACUGUAUGACACCUUUAAAUGCAGGCCCCUCUAAUGGAGUGUUCAAAAAGCAUGCAUUGUUAAAUAAAUUGAGCCAUAAUUAGUACAGUAAUAAGAAAUGACUGUGGGGCAGAGACAUUUUUUUCUUUUAAAAUAAUGUUCUUAAGGGUUACUGUGUUUUUGGAUUUGUUGGCACAUACUGAUUUCAGUAAUAUUUUUUACGACUUCGUAUAAAAUAUCACAAGAGUUCACUACCUCUGGCAUAAGUGACAACAGUGGCAAGAUUUGUUUCUUUGUAAGACUGAUUAAUAAAAAUAAUGAAAAAUA